AUUUACUCCAACUAUAAAGGAGUUAAUGGAACAUGUUGAUGUUAGUACUGACUGGUACAUAGUUGGUACAAUGCUUGACUUGGAUCAAAAGUCAUUAAAAAAUAUUGAGAGACAAACUGGCCACACUGACACUCACAAGAUGAUAGAGAUGUUCAAUCUAUGGCUGACCACUACUCCUACUGCUAGUAGGAGACAAAUAUUGGAAACAUUGAAAAAAAGUGUUGUGGGAGAGAAUACACUUGCUGAUGAAUAUGAAAAGCAUUUGAAGGAAAUACACAGAGCAACUUAUACACCACCAUUUUGUGAAGCAGUUUCUAUUCUUCAAAGGAACAUUCAAUCAUUGAAUGAGGCUCUUGUCUCUCCUGUACAAGUGUCUCAACUGUUAUACUGUAAGCAAUGUAUAAGUGAAGCUACUCUUGACAAAAUGGAAGAGAUAGAUAAAAAAACCAGGUCAUGGGAUGACAAAAAGACAACUCUAUUGACUGCCUUGCAAGAAACAGUGUCUAGUGAUUACAAAAAACUUAAAGAUAUUGCUACAGUGCUGUCUGGUAUCGAAGAAGCAAAAGAGAUAGCCAAUGGAAUGAUGAGUGAAUAUGAAAGUAAAAUUCCUCAAGAGGGUGUUUGUACAGUAGUACAACCACAGGAGGUAGUAGAUCUAGGUGGUAAUGAAAGUUGUGCUAGCAAUAUAUUGAGAAAUAAUUACAGUGCUCUCUCUCAGUCAAUUACUGAACCAGUCAGGGUAGCUGAGUGGCUUCAUGAAGAGGUCUUGUCUGAUGAGGCUCUGUCUUGUGUCAUGUCUACCAGAGGUUCUGUCUUACACAGUAGAGCAGCUCUCCUCAAAGCUGUACGAGGUGCUGUUCGUUCCAAUUACAAACACCUGGAGUUGUUUGUUACUGUAUUGAGGAAGUUCUCAGAGACUGCUCAUAUUGGUGAUACUAUAUUUGAAGAAUAUAGAAAGCAUUUCCACAUGUAUUAUGAUGAUGUUGAAGAGAGUGAAAUUUAUUUGACAAACAAAGCCCGACAAAAAUCUAUGUCUACCAGUUCUGAAAGUAUUAUAGAAUAGUUUAGUUAUAUCUGUACUUAAUUUAAUGUAACAGGUUCAUCAUUUGA